AUGAAUGUGGAAACCCGAGCUUUUGAAAAAAGGGGGUCCCAGGAGGGGAGCCGGGGGAGAAAGGAUGCCACCCUUCUUCAGGGAAAAUUCAGCGGCGGCUGUCGAGGAUCCGCUGGGUCCACCCCACGCCCGCGUCGGAAGACACCUUGGAGCAGGCGUCGGCGCCCCCUGCGCCCCGCGAUCCCGACCCUCCGUGCGGCGGUGGCGGCUCGAGCCGCCAGGGGGCGCCCCGGGCCGUGGGUCGCGUCGGUCCCCCGGCUCCCUCCGGGUUUCCGCGGCCUCCCGCACCCGGAGGCCGAGCUCAAGACCCAGCGGAUGCGAGUGAACCCCUUCCCAGGCGCCGACGCGAGACCCCCGGUCUCCGGGGCUGGAGUCGCCUUCGAACCCCCUUACCCGUCUCCAGAGGAAAGCCUCGCGCCGCCUCCCGGCGUAGGUCCCCUCCGACGAAGAAACGCGCCCCGCGGCUGGACGGUGGUACCGAGUGGCCCGGGGCCCCCAACUUCGGAGGAGAGGCCUCCUCCCCGUGGGCGCGCACCCCUGCAGCCCGCGGCGACCAGUCCACGCCGCCCGAUGCCACCCAGCCCCGGACCCAGACAGCGGCCCCCACCUGCGGCCGCGGGCAGCGGGGCCAAGCGCGGCCUGCAGCCCCUCGGGGCUCCCGCCCCGGCCCGCGGGUUCCCGAGCCCCUCGGCGAGCACUCGCCGCCCGCCCGCCCUGCGACCGGCCGAGGCUGGCGCCCGGCGCGCGGUGCCCCUUGGAGGAGAACAGGGCAGGGUGCCCUCCGGGUCACCCUCGCCCACCCAUUUCCGGAGGAGACCCUAG